AUGCCUAUCGUCAGAAUAGGUCCAACACACUCUUCACUCCAACAAUACAAAGUCAAUGACGACCAAAAUCCAAUUUUCGUCAAUUCUAAACAUUUUACUGGAUAUGUAACAGUCAGAUUACAAAAUCAUCAUUAUAAAAAAGAAAAUGUCAUAAAGACAAAUUCAUAUUUUGAGAAUCAUCGACGUUUCUUUUCUUUUCAGUUUCAAGGUCGGUUUAAAGCAACAAAUCCCGAUCGACCAGAUAAUUUAUGGACUUUUGAUGAUAUACUAUUUUGCGCCGAAACUGAAGAAUCUAUAAAUCCUCCAAUGGGAGCAUCUCUUGUUGUUAAAUUUGCUAAAUAUAUAGAUCCCGGUUUUACAGCAGAUGGCAUGCUCUUAGACAAGAGACCUUGGGUUGGUAGUUGGAUUGUUUGUGGGAUGAAUGUUAUGAAAGUUUGGAAAGCAAAUGAUGAAAUUCUUUACGAUGUACAUACAUUUCCUAAUGAUCAUAAAUAUCAAGAUGAAAAAAAGAAAAUUUCCACAAAAAAUUCAUUGACAAAGUUUUCUCGAACUACUAGUUUGGGUGACCUUUCUUCUUCUUUAUUACCCGUGGAUCCUUGGAUUUAUUAUGGUCAUCGUCACCUCGAUGAAGAUACUAGUCUUAUCUUUUCUGACGAACAGAUCAAUUUUAAUUCAGCAAAACGUAGAACCUUUUUUUUUAACCCUAUCGUUCGCCAAUCUCAUGUAUUUAAUCCAUCAUUAGUUUAUGCAUUUGAUUUCUUUAAUAACUUUACCAAUUUUUCCACAAUGAAUGCAGAUAUGUUUGUUAAAUUUAGCAUGGCAAGGGUACUUAAAAAUCAACCACUCAGAUUUGUUUGCAGGGAUAAAAAGGGGGAUUCUGUUUUCUUUGUAAUAGAGAUUGAUUAUUUAGAUUUGUUUGAAAAAUAUUAA